AUUUAACCAAUAGAUUGCCAUUAGUUAUUCAGUAUAUAAACUAGAGUAAACACAGUUAAAAAUAAGAAGAGUAAAAAUGGAGAACUGGCAAGUGAUAUAUUUUUAUAUGAUGAUUUCCUGUUUGAUACUUAACGAAGGUAUUGAAAAUAAAUAUUCGCGUGAGAAAAAUUUAUGCCAAUUUCAAAAAGGUACGACAAGAAAAGCUGCUAAAAUUGGUGAUAUAGAAACAUUAAAACUAGCUUAUGAGAGCGGUUGUGAAUGGGAUGAAUAUACGACUAUUGAAGCUGCUGAAAACGGUCAUUUAAAAUGCUUAAAAUAUGCCCACAAAAAUGGAUGUCCAUGGGAUGUAGGCACAACCGAAGCAGCUGCAAAAUAUGGUAAUUUAGAAAACUUAAUAUAUAUUCAUAAAAAUGGCUGUACAUGGGAUAAAACGACAGCAAGUACUGCUGCUACUAAUGGACAUUUUGAAUGUCUAAAAUAUGCACAUGAAAAUGGGUGCCCCUUUAAGAGAGGAAUAACUAGAGCUGCUGUUAUAGGUGGUAAUUUAGAUUGUUUAAUAUAUGUACAUAAAAAUGGGUAUCCCUGGGAUGCAGGUACAAUAUUUGCCGCUGUCAAAAUAAACAGUUUAAUAAUUUUAAAAUAUGCUCACGAAAAUGGAUGUCCAUGGGAUGUAGGGACAAUCGAAGCUGCAGCAAAAUAUGGUAAUUUAGAUUGUUUAAAAUAUGUUCAUAAAAAUGGCUGUAAAUGGGACAGAAGAACAACAAGCGCUGCUGCUGCAAAUGGGCAUUUAGAAUGUUUAAAAUAUGCAUAUGAAAAUGGCUGUAGCUGGGACAAAGACACAACUAGAGAAGCUGCUGCAAAUGGACAUUUCGAAUGUUUAAAAUAUGCACAUGACAAUGGAUGCCCAUGGGAUGUAAGCACAAUGAUAGCAGCUGCUAGUUAUGGUAAUUUAGAAAAUUUAAAAUAUAUUCAUAAAAAUGGUUGUAAAUGGGAUAAAAACACAACAAGCGCUGCUGCUGCAAAUGGGCAUUUAGAAUGUUUAAAAUAUGCAUAUGAAAAUGGCUGUAGCUGGGACAAAGACACAACUAGAGAAGCUGCUGCAAAUGGACAUUUCGAAUGUUUAAAAUAUGCACAUGACAAUGGAUGCCCAUGGGAUGUAAGCACAAUGAUAGCAGCUGCUAGUUAUGGUAAUUUAGAAAAUUUAAAAUAUAUUCAUAAAAAUGGUUGUAAAUGGGAUAAAAACACAACAAGCGCUGCUGCUGCAAAUGGGCAUUUAGAAUGUUUAAAAUAUGCAUAUGAAAAUGGCUGUAGCUGGGACAAAGACACAACUAGAGAAGCUGCUGCAAAUGGACAUUUCGAAUGUUUAAAAUAUGCACAUGAUAAUGGAUGUCCAUGGGAUGUAAGCACGACAAGUGCAGCUGCAUCAAAUGGGCAUUUAGAAUGCUUGAAAUAUUCACAUGAAAAUAGAUGUCCAUGGGAUGUAAAUACAACAACAGAAGCUGCAACAUUUGGACAUUUAGAAUGCUUAAAAUAUUCACAUGAAAAUGGCUGUACAUGGAAUGAACAAACAACAAGUAAUGCUGCUUUGAAUGGACAUUAUGAAUGUUUAAAAUAUGCACAUGAAAAUGGGUGCCACUGGAAUGAAAGCAUAAGUAGAUUUGCUGCUCUAGGAGGUAAUUUAGAUUGCUUAAAAUAUGCACAUGAAAAUGGAUGUCCAUGGGAAGUAAGUACACUAUUCGCCGCUGUCAAAAGAAAUAAUUUGAUAAUUUUGAAAUACGCUUACGAAAAUGGAUGUCAAUGGGAUAAUGGUAUAACUUUUGAGGCUACAGAAAGAGGUAAUUUAGAAAUUUUAAAAUAUGCACGUGAAAAUGGAUGUUCAUUAGAUGAUAAAUUAUCUUCUGUGGCUAUAAAUAAGGGCUAUUUUGAUAUUUUAAAAUAUUUACAUGAGAAUGGAUUUUCGUGGCAUGAAAGAACAACAAAAGUAGCUGCAAGUUAUGGUAAUUUAGAAUUUUUAAAAUAUGCUCAUAAAAACGGCUGCGAAUGGUAUAAGGGCACAACUAGAGCAGCUGCAGAAAGUGGUUGUUUAGACUGUUUAAUAUAUGCACAUGAAAAUGGAUGUGAUUGGGAUGAAGGUACAAUAGUUGCAUCAGUCAUGUAUGGUAAUUUAGAUUGCUUAAUAUAUGCUCACGAAAAUGGAUGUAAAUGGGAUGAUGGCACAACAAGAGCAGCAUCAUUAAGAGGUUAUUUAAAUUGUUUAAAAUAUGCUCAUGAAAAUGGAUGUGACUGGGAUAUAGGAACAACUAAAGUUGCUGCUGCAGGUGGUCAUUUAAACUGUUUAUCAUAUGCACAUGAAAAUGGAUGUCAAUGGGACAAUAGUGUAACUAGAGUUGCUGCUGAGAAUGGCCAUUUAGAAUGCUUAAAGUACGCACAUAUAAAUAAAUGCGAGUGGGAUAACACAAUAACAGUAAUAGCAGCAUCGAAUGGAGAUUUAGAAAUUUUAAAAUAUGCUCAUGAAAAUGGAUGUCCAUGGGAUGAAAAUAUAAUAAGGGCAUCUGCAGCUAACGGUCAUCUAAAAUGUUUAGUAUAUGCACACGAAAAUGGAUUGCCAUGGAUGGAUGGUAUAACUAUAACGGCUACUAAGAGAGGUAAUUUAGAAAUAUUAAAAUAUGCACACGAGAAUGGAUGUCCAUGGGAUAAUGGUAUAACUAUUGCGGCUACUGAAAAAGGUAAUUUAGAAAUAUUAAAAUAUGCACAUGAGAAUGGAUGUCCAUGGGAUAACGGUAUAACUAUUGCGGCUACUGAAAAAGGUAAUUUGGAAAUAUUAAAAUAUGCACACGAGAAUGGAUGUCCAUGGGAUAACGGUAUAACUAUUGCGGCUACUGAAAAAGGUAAUUUAGAAAUUUUAAAAUAUGCACAUGAAAAUGGUUGUCCAUUUGAUGACGGUAUACUUAGUGCUGCUAUAAAAAGAAGUAGCCUAGACAUUUUAAAAUAUCUUCAUGAAAAUGGAUGUCCAUGGGAUGAAAAAACAACAAGUGUCACUGCCACUUAUGGUAAUUUAGAAUUCUUAAUGUAUGCUCAUGAAACCGGAUGUAAAUGGGCCAUUGGAACAACUAAAGCUGCUGCUUUUACAAGGAAUUUUGAUUGUUUAAAAUAUGCACAUGAAUAUGGAUGUUCAUGGGAUUAUGACACAACUAGAGCUUCAGCAGCUAGUGGUUGUUUAGACUGUUUAAAGUAUGCUCAUGAAAAGGAUUGUCCAUGGGAUGAAAGAACAUUAGUUACAGCUGCCGUGCAUGGUAAUUUAGACUGUUUAAAAUAUGCUUAUGAACAUGGAUAUAAAUGGAUUGAAGGUACAAUGAGAGGGGCUGCUGCGAAUCGAAAUGUAGGAUGCCUCAAAUAUGCUUAUGAAAAUGGUUGUGAAUGGGACGAAGGCACAACAAGAGAAGCUGCUGCGAGUGGUUGCAUUAGUUGUCUGAAAUUUGCUCAUGAAAAUGGAUGUAAUUGGGAUGAAGGAACAAUCGCUACCGCUGCCAUGCGUGGUAAUUUAAAUUGCUUAAUGUAUGCCCACGAAAAUGGUUGUAAAUGGGAUGAAGGCACUACAAGACUUGCUGCUGCAAAUCGUCAGUUUCAUUGUUUAAAGUACGCACAUGAGCAUAAUUGUCCAUGGAGUAGAAAUACUAUUUAUGAAGCUGUUAGAAGAGGUUUUUUUGAUAUAAUUAACUAUGCUUACGAAAAUGGAUGUCCUAAUUAGUUUUAAAAUAUAAUUAUUUUUAUAAAAUAUUGUUUAUUUUUAACAGUCAAUUACAUUAUAUUUUAAAUAAACCGUCUUAAGCUAAACAUUAUCAAUAAAUUUGAUAUUUUUUUAAUUAAAAUCAAAAUUCUCAAUAAAAAUACCUGUAUUUUUUAAACAUGUAUUCCGUAGUAUAAAA